AUGUUGAACAAGUUAUAUCAACUACUAGCAAAAUCAAUAAUUCCAAAUAUGUCAACCAAAAAACCAAUAAUCAGUAUUGUUGGAACCACGGGUGUUGGUAAAUCUCAAUUCAGUAUUGAUUUAGCACGAGCCAUAGGUGGUGAAAUCAUCAAUGCUGAUUCGAUGCAAGUUUAUCAAAAACUAGAUCAAAUAACCAAUAAACAUCCACUAGAUGAAAGAAUGGGGGUGCCACAUCAUGUCAUUGAUUAUGUGCCAUGGGAUGAAGAUUAUCAUAUACAUAAAUUCAAUCAAGAUGCCCAACUGGUUAUUGACGAUAUACACAAUAGAGGUAAAAUCCCCAUUGUAGUUGGUGGAACCCAUUAUUACUUACAAACUUUAUUAUUCAACAAUAAAACCAUUGAUGAUUCGAAUUCCAAUUUAAAAGAGUUAACGGCAGAACAAUUGGAAAUCUUAGAUGGUCCCGUUGACAUUCUAUUUCGUACUUUACAAGAAGUGGAUCCAAUAAUAGCCAAAAAAUUUCAUCCUCAAGAUCAUCGAAAAUUACGUCGAGCUUUAGAAAUAUACUACACAAAGGGUGAAAAGGCAUCAGAAAUUUAUCAUGAACAAAAACUUGACGAGUUGGAUUCUAGUUCUUUGAAAUAUAAUACAUUGUUUUUCUGGGUAUAUUGCGAUCCAGAAAUUCUCAAUGAUAGAUUAGAUAAACGAGUGGAUAAGAUGAUGGAAAAUGGGGCUAUUGAAGAAAUUAAGGAAAUGUAUGACUUUUAUAAAUCUAAACAGGAGCAAAAUCUUACUUGUACAUCAGGGAUUUGGCAAGUUAUUGGAUUUAAGGAGUUUUUGCUUUGGUUGGAAGAUAACCAACUGGAUACCAAAUUAUUUGAACAUGGUAUUGAAAGAAUGAAAAUUCGAACUAAGCAAUAUGCAAGAUAUCAAGUCAAAUGGAUCAAGAAAUCGUUAUUGACGGAACUAGAAAAGGAAUCAAAGUUUGAUUUUGUAAAUGGUGGGAAAUUGUAUAUAUUAGAUGCCACAAAUUUAGACAAUUGGCACGAAAAUGUGGAUGACAUAGGGAUUCAAAUUGCUCAAGAUUUCUUGUCCAAAGGUGCAAAUGGGGUUUCAUUACCACAAGCUCCGGAUGAGCUAAAACAUUUUUUUGAAGCACCCAAUGAAAUAAAGUCUAACCGAAGACUAGAAUCGCAAGAAAAUUGGAAACAUUUUGUUUGCGAUAUUUGUAAAGACAAACAAGGCAAUGCUUUAGUGGCGGUGGGUGAAGAUAGUUGGAGUGUCCAUGUAAAUAGUCGACGCCACAAAAAGAAUGAAGAGUCUAUCAAGAAGAGAAAACAUAAUGAAGAGAUGAUUAGAUUGAAAAAAAUGAGAUCAAAUCAAGAAGGCGUGAUUAACUGA